AUGACCCAGAUGCCGACUCCGCCCCCGAUCUCAGACUCGUCCAGAGGCCUGAGGUUCAGGGCCGUGAACGAUCCGACACACGAGCAAGACCCGGGGCCCGAUCCGGCGCCGGCAAUGGACGACAUUCCCACGAUCAGAGGAGGGGGAGGCCGGGCCAGUGGCGGCCACGGCCACAGCAGGGCUGAUGCGGGCCCCGAGCUCACGCGCCGCGCCGUGGGGCCUCGGCUCUACCACAAGAAGUCGAGGAUGGGCUGUCUCAGAUGCAAGGCUCGCCGAGUAAAGUGCGAUGAAGCACACCCCGUGUGUAGCGGCUGUAGCCGCCACAUGGUGGAGUGCGUCUACCCCUCGCGCGGAACUCCCUCCCAGGGCAGCAGCCGCCAGGACGCCGCCGCCAUCAGCCUCCGCGUCACCCGCGCCGAGUCCUCCUCCGGCCACAGUGACCAGGGCUUCUCGCCGAACGCCUCGUCGGCGGCCUCCACGCACCCCGGCUCCGACUCGUGGGCCUCCCGCACGCCGGGCCCGGAGCCGCACUCCCUCCCCGUCCCGGUAGAGCCCGGCGGGUUCUCCCCCAUGACGCCCGGGUACACGCCGUACUCGGCCAGCCGGGGCCUGUCGCCGCCCCAUCUCGGAGGCUACCCGCCGUCCGGGGCCGGCGGCGGUACCCUGCCCCCGCUGGCGAGCCGCGCCGCCUCCGUCGUCAGCAGCAGCUCGUCGUCGCAGGCCGGGAGCAUCGUCCGCGAGGCGAACGACUACCUGUCGCACCUGACGGACCCGGAGAUCCUCGACAUCCCCGAGUCCAAGGAGCGCCGGAUCUGGGAGCUGCGGCUGCUGCACAACUACAUGGUCAACUUCGCGCAGCAGGCCGCCACCUCCAGGGUGGAUCUAGGGCUGGGCCCACAGCCGAGGCCGUCGCAGGGGGUGACGCCCGAGGACGGCGGCAGCGGCGAGGCGGCGGCGGCGGCGGGAGGCGGCGCGUUCGGGCGGGAUUCGUUCCUGUGGGGCCUCGAGAUCCCGCUGCUCGCGUUCGAGGACGACGCGAUCCUCUACAGCAUGCUGGCGUCUAGCGCGCUCAACAUGUGGACCAAGAGCGGCGACGCGCGCGAGCGCGACGAGCUGCGCCUGUGCCAGCAGAAGUACCUGUCCAUGGCCCUGCGCGAGCAGCGCCAGGCCGUGGGGAACCUGAGCCGCGACAACGCCGACACGGUGUGCAUGUCGUCGCUGACCAUCCUGCAGAACUCGUUCGCCCUCGUGCAGACGCUGCCCGUGCGGCCCUGGCAGCCGCCGCUCGAGUGGCUGCGCAUGGGGAAGGGCGCCGGAUCCGUGCUGACGGUCGCGAGGGGGUACCUUGGCCCACCUUCUGGCGGCGGCGGCAGGGGGGACAAGACGACGCGGUUCCUCAACAGCAUGCCGAAGAUGGACCCGGACGAGAUGUUCACGCCGGCGAACCGCGCGCACCUGGCGUGGGUGCUGGACAACGACCGCGGCGGCAGCGCCACCGCCGACGCCGACAAGGUGACCCUGGGCGUCUACAACCGCGUGCUCAGCUACAUCGGCGCCGUGCAGAAGGCCAUCGCCGACGGCGAGCCGCUCAACACCAUCUGCCGGCGCUUCAUCGGCUUCGCCGUCUGGAUGCCCGAGGUGUACCACGACUUCCUGACGCAGCGCCGGCCGCGCGCCCUCGUCACGCUGGCGCACUUCUUCAAGCUGUGGAUCCCCUAUGAGGACUCGUGGCUGAUCGGCAAGACGGGCGAGAAUCAGGUCCGCGGUAUCCGGGAGGCCCUGCCGCCGCAGUGGAGGCACAAGGUCGACGGGAUCUUCGAGGAGUAUCAUUUGAGCGUCGGGUGA